UCUCUCUCUCUCUUUCUCUCUCCCCCUCUCUCCCCUGAGGUCUUCGAGAUGUUGAGUGUGAAUUGUGAACAAACCCGGCUUGAUGAGUAUCUUCGUGGUUCCAACCCCAGCAUCUGUUUCUAACCACAGAACAGACGCCGCCAGAAAACACCGUCUUCAUCAGAGCGGCAGUGGAGUCCUCUAAGGUUGUUUUUGGGGGAUAAAGACCACCCAGGACAGAAAGGGGAACAGUUUAAGAAAACACGGCAUAGUUUUUGGUGAGCUUUUGUUUUUAAACCGUAUUUUCUAAAAUGAAGUAUUGAUAAAUAAAAACAAUUAUAACAGAGGCACUUUGUAAAGGAAGCACGCGGAGCUGGACUUCACACUGCGGGGUAACCGGAACGCGACUUCUUCAGAUUUACUCUUUUUCACUGAUGGUUGAAAACAAAAAGAAAACACUGUCUGUGGAUUAAAAGAGACCUUCACACGGCCACACCAACAGGUAUACGUGUCGACGACUUGUUUGAGAAAAGCAGAAUGAGCGAGAGGGAUCUGCAGAGCAUGUGUAAAUGGGUAAUUCUGCUCACCUUCUGCCUGAUAACGUUAGGGGGGAGACUAACACUGGCAUCAGCCCACAGAAGCCACACAGUUCACGUCAAAGCCGGAACCUGUGAGGUCAUCGCUGCCCACCGAUGCUGCAACAGAAACAAGAUCGAGGAGAGAUCUCAGACAGUGAAGUGUUCCUGCUUCCCAGGCCAGGUGGCGGGUACAACAAGGGCCGCCCCUUCCUGUGUGGACGCUUCAAUAGUCAUUCAGAAAUGGUGGUGCCAAAUGCAGCCUUGCCUUGAAGCAGAGGAGUGUAAAGUUUUGCCGGAUCAAACUGGCUGGAGCUGCAGUACAGGAAACAAAGUCAAAACAACCAAGCUGAUUAUGCCCCGUGGAGGAUGACUAAUAUCCCUAGCCACGGGGAUAUAGUGGAGGCGCCCGUACUUCAAACAACAAAGGUCACACGAUAGCCCUACACCUGAUCCGACACGCAACAUGAAGGACAGCGUUUUAUACACAGACAAGCUCAAACAGACACAUACGCCUACCUGUCUGGCGGACACCAGCAGUUGGAAACUUGCGACGUGCAUUAUGCAAAAACAACAUUUAAAAAAAUGACCAGAUUACCACUGAGGAAUUCGCUGGGACAAGAGGAACUCUGGCAUGGGAACAUUGGGUACCUGUGAAACCAGGACUCGAAACCUGCAGGACCUGUCUUAAGCAUUUGCUAGACGUUUUGCGCAGCAGCGGACGGGCUUUCGAGCGCUUCGGGUUGGUGGUUAAUCUGAAGGAUUGCCCCUGAAGACGCACGAACAUCAGAGAGCUGCGUUAAACAACACGGACGUGUUCCUGUAGGUGUCUGCUCUGUGCUAACACAUCAUUUGCCCAAGCGCUUGUUUAUACUGUACAGUCGCUGCUUCUGUUUGAUGGGGUCAGACCUUUUUCAAUUCGCGGGUUGUAGGCUGUCGCACACUCUUUUUUUAUUGUUUGUUUGUUGGCUUUGUAAAAUAUAACAGUGACAGUGUUGUCUCCCACAAUAGAGGUGGACGGGGAUGGCUGAAUUGAGGUUCUUUUUCUGAUGGCCAGUUUAAUUACAUGCCCAACCCCCGGGCAAAUGAAUUUAUUGUAAUCAACAAGUAAAGUGAGCGCAUUAUCUGCUUCAUUUAAAUU